AUGGAGCAUAUGAACCAUGGAUAUAAAAACAGCGGAAGAGGCGCGCGCUCUGAAAGAGAAACAAGAGCCAGCAAUGCCAUCGAGCUGAGAACACAGAAAAGAGAUGGAAUGCUGCAGAAAAAAAGAUCUAUGGCGUCUGCAGGAGAAGAAGCCACAAUUAAAAUCAGCAUAUUGGCUGAACAAAUCAACUCCAGCGAUCCCCAGCAGAUAGUGCAGGGCGUAACUGAGUUUAGGCGUCUUCUCAGCGCAGCCAAGUGUCCUCCAAUUGACAAGAUAGUGAUGAACGGUCUGACUCCCAUUUUCACAAAGCUGCUGAGCCCAACUAACCCCCUUUUUUCCGAAAUGCCUGAAGAAACUGCCAUAAAGAUAAUGCACGAGUCGUGCUGGGUGAUCACCAAUAUUGCAUCAGGAAACACUGCGCAGACAAUGUCGGUUGUCCGCUCAGGAGCCCUUGGGAGUCUAGUAAAGCUUCUUCAUCUUGAAAAUCAGGUUCUCCAAGACCAGGCGGUGUGGGCCAUCAGCAACAUCGCAGGAGACUGCGAAGAAGCGAGGAAUGCGGCCAUAGAAGCCGGUGCAACUGAGCCCAUAAUAUACCUAAUUGAAAAAGAAAUGAACAGAGACGAGCUAAACAUUCCCCUGUUGAGAAAUUUGGCAUGGGCAUUCAGCAACUUAAACAGAGGCCGAUCGCCUCCCCCGUAUAUAGACCACACAGAGAGAUGUCUUCCCGUUUUGCUCAAACUAGUUAACAUCGACGACAUAGAGAUCAUGUCUGAUGCGUAUUGGGCUCUGAGCUACAUGUGCGAUGCUGGAAGAAUGCAGGCGGACAUGAUCCUGGCCACAGGGGUGGUGGAUGACUGCGUGCAGAAGCUAGCUGCAUACCACAUGACUGCCAUGCAGGGAGACACCAUGCAGCUGCACCUGAAAGAGCAAAUUCUGUCGCCAAUUAUAAGAACACUCGGGAACAUAGCAACGUACGAAGAGUCGCAGACAGCAUACCUCAUAAACCUAAACAUCAUUCCAAUUCUGAAGGGGCUCUUCACUCUUCCGUACGAGAACAAAAAAGCAACAAAAAUAAAGAAAGAAAUAUGCUGGGUCAUAUCAAAUAUAACGGCAGGCUCGCCCGCACAGGUAAAUGAAGUUGUAAAAAAUGGGUUCCUAGAGAUACUUGUGAGCACAAUAAAGACAGCAGACAUGCAGGUGCGCGUGGAGGCAUGCUGGGCCAUCUGCAAUGCAACGAUACAAGUGAUCGACACAAAGAGCCAUGCAAAGGAGAUAGGAGAGGCGGGCGCGAUUGUUGCAUUCUCAAAAUUCCUCCCUUCAAUUAUGAACGACUCCAAGCUGGUUACAGUGAUCCUGGAUGCCAUCAAUAGUCUUCUGGAGUGGGCGGAAGCUGACUCAGUGGGAGGAGAGAACAUCAUAGCCACAGAGAUCGAGAACUGCGACUUGCUGGAGAACAUAGAAGAGCUCCAGUCAGCCACCAGCUACUCGGUGGCCAGCAGGGCAGAGCAGAUCAUAAGAAAGUACUUUGAGGGCCAGUAA